AUCAACACUUCAAAUUUUUCAAAUGGCUUGCACUUCAAUACCCUUCCAGACUUCUUUACGGAGACGCAUUUGUCAGGCCAAAGUAUCUUUAAAUGGCGGAACAUCGAUUGGUCAUGUCGAACAAAUUCGUGGAGCGAAGAUGUGGGUUGCACCUCCGAAGAAAAAAACGAUAGAUGAAGGAACAGCUGGACCUCUGUUCGAUAGUUUACGACUCUUGAAGCAUGAAAUUUAAGUCAAGUGCUUCUUCUAUUCUUUGUGGUAUAAAUAGGCAAUUCAAGCUCAAGAACCGAAUGCAGCGUUUCGAGUGACGAUUCAACCUUUGUUGAAGAAAGAAGUUAAUGCAAAUGUGAUGAGAGGAAGGAUUUUCCUUCCAAACGAUGUACCAAAGGAUUCAGAUGCUCAAGAAGAAAUCGUGGCAGUGAUUGUUAAAGAAGAUUCACCAGAUGCAAAACUUGCAAUUCAACUCGGUGCAAAUCAUGUUGGAGAUAAAAAAUUAAUUGAACAGAUUGUUGAAGGUGUUAUCAAUCCGACCAAAUUACUUUGUCAUCCAGAUCAAUUACCAUUACUAGUCAAAAACUCAUCAGUUGCAAAAGUUCUUGGCCGAAAAGGCUUGAUUCCUUCCGAAAAACGUGGAACUGUAUCUUCCGAUAUUGCUAAACUGAUACAAGACGCUAAAGGUGCUCUGGAUUGGUCUCUAGAAGCGUCAACUGAUGUUAUCAAGGCAGAUCUUGGUAAGGUGGGAAUGGGAUUACGUGAAAUAGAAGAAAAUGUCAUGGCCCUUGUUGACGUUGUCGGUGAUAUUGCUCAUGGAGGAAAUGCUGGCGUAAAAAAGGUGACGGUGACUGUUACAGGUGGACCUCAGAUCACCGUUCACUGA